AUGAUUCAUUUAAAGAAUAGACCAAAUAAACUGGCACCCAUUUAUGAAGGACCAUAUACAAUGGUAAGAAAAAAUAGAGGAGGAUCAUACAAGUUGAAAGAUGAGCAAAAUGAAUUGUUAAGUCAUAAUUAUAUGCCAUCUGAAUUGAAGAUCGUUACUAUUGAUGAUGAAUAUUAUGAAGUUGAAUGCAUCAGAGCUCAUCGUGACGAGCCUGGUAAUCGUGAAUACUUAACGAUAACACAACUUAGGGUUAUCAAUAAAUCAAUGAAUAAUUCCCCUGAAAAUGACCAAGAUCAGCUUAGAAAAAAAACAAUCUUUCAAAGGAUCAGUCUAACAAGCUUACUGCUGUUGCGCUUGAGACGAAGAAUAUGUUUAAGAGUUGAUUUCAUGGGAAUUAUUGACCUUACUGCAGAAAAUGUAAUCAGUAUAUUGAAGGAAGUGAAUGAAUACGAAGACGUUAUGAAGGCUUCUGCUUUGAAUGAUGCUGUUUUAUUGAAUCAUACACAAGAAAUCUUAAAUGUCUUCAGAAAUACAACACUCUCUGCUAAACCAAUUCGAACGGUUCUUCGUACCUAUGGAAACCCGAUAGAUUUUGAUAUAUUUGAACACGCUGACUUUGGGUUCAUCAAGGUAACAACACGGCAUUUUCUGGAUCUUAUUGAAAGUCCGGAGAUUCCCCUUCUCGGCUGCUUACAAGAACUAUUAGUAAAAGAUAAAAGAGUUUCUCUUUCACUUGUAAAGUUUUCUGGAAGAGUAAAAUUGAAUAAUAGCAAUGCUAAGGAGAAACAUGAUAUCUCAAAAUUAUACGAAAAUAUGGCGAAAGUACUUCAAAUUCUACCAGAAGUCUCAAAGAAACAAAUGAACAUAACUCGUGAUCAAGCCAUCUGUAGGUUCUUUUGUGAAGAUUACAGCAAAGAAAAUGCAGCAAGAUUGUCAAAAAAGAUCGAAGAAUUUGGCUCUUUCGAUGUGUGUUAUGAAAAUGAUCUUAAGCUGCCUAUUCUGGUGCAUUUGAGUGUAAUUCGGAAUGAAUCCACAACUUUUAAACGCUACUUAACUGAAUACUCAGCUCUGGAUCUUAAGGAAGCAGUAGAAGCGAAAUCUAAACUUGUUUCAGAACGACAAGUAAUCAUGUUUCUGAAUGAGGUUUAUAAAACUACCAAUCCUCAAAAUGAAGCUGUCUAUUGCCCUCAAGAAGUUGGAAACAAAGAAAUUUAUGAGUCAGUCAUAUCGAGAACUGAAUGCAUGAGCAAGAAGUCUGAGAUAGCAUUUGCAACUUGGUGUUCUAAAAGAAAGAUUGAUUUUAUGGGCGUACCAUUUACUAGGAAAAGGAGUCGAGGGUCGAAUAAGCGCCAUAAGAAACUUUAUAUAAUGAAAAAUGAAUUUAGAAGUAACGCAUUAUUGGCAUUUUGA